UGUAGUGACGUCAUUAGAACCGUGUCUCGCGACGCUGCAGCCAUGGAGGAAGUAAGAGUAUUUCCAUUAUCUUGUGUGGUGCAAAAAUACGCCUGGGGAAAAUUGGGGCUCAACAGCGAAGUAGCCAAACUUGUUCUUGGUGGAGACCCUCUGGCGGUUAUCGAAGAUGACCAACCGUAUGCGGAGCUGUGGAUGGGGGCUCACCCCAAAGGCGAUGCCCUUAUCAAGGACAAUAGGAUAUCACAGAGGACACUGGGCCAGUGGAUAGCAGAUUAUCCAGGCUGCCUGGGGUCAAAGGUCAAAGACACCUUCCAAGGACAGCUACCCUUUCUGUUCAAGGUUCUGUCAGUAAACACUGCAUUGUCCAUCCAAGCCCAUCCCAACAGGGAGUUGGCUGCAAGGCUCCAUUCCCAGUUUCCUGAGCAUUACCCAGACAACAACCACAAGCCUGAGAUGGCCGUCGCGCUGACACAGUUUGAGGGUCUGUGUGGCUUUAGGCCUGUGGAAGAGAUUGUGGGUUUCCUGAAAUCCGUGCCAGAGUUCCACGCCCUGGUGGGGAACGAGGCGGCCGAGGAGCUACAGAGUAGUGGGGGGGAUGCCGUCCGCUUGUCCCUGGCCCUCAAGAAGUGCUUCACCAGGAUGAUGAACUGCGAGAAGAAAGUGUUUGUGGACCAGCUCAACAUGCUUGUGAAGAGGGUCUCUGAGGAAGCGGCAGCAGGAAAGGACACAUCAGGAAGUAAUGGUGAACUGGUGCUACGGCUACACUCGCAGUUCCCUGGUGACAUUGGCUGCUUCUCCAUCUACUUCCUGAACCGUGUGAUGCUUCAGCCAGGGCAGGCCAUGUUCCUGGGGGCCAAUGAGCCGCACGCCUAUCUGUUCGGAGACUGUAUUGAGUGUAUGGCCUGUUCGGACAACACUGUACGCGCGGGCCUGACGCCAAAGUACAUCGAUGUCAACACACUCUGCGAGAUGCUCAACUACACUCCUGCCCCUGCUAGCGCCAAAAUCUUCCCCUCCAUCCAGGAUCCAUCAGACCCCUACGUCUUCGUGUACGACCCGCCAGUACCCGACUUCACGGUCAUGAGGAUACAGAUUCCUGGCUCGGUGAAGCAGUACACAGUGGCCCCGAUAGACUGUGCUGGGAUCCUGCUGGUGGUGCAGGGUGAGGCCACAGCGACUGCGGCCGGCGGCCUCUCUGACACAGCUCUGGGGCGGGGCUCCGUGCUCUUCAUCUCGGCCAAUGAGAGCGUGGCCCUGCAUGUCACCUCUCCCUCUGGCAUGACACUCUUUCGUGCCUGUUGUCUUUUGUAGCCUCUCCUCUCCCGUCCUCUCUUUCAUCCCAGAUCCAGUACCCAGAGUGCCCCUGGCGUUAGCUGAACAGGGAUAACCUACAGCCACGUCACCAGGGCUUUUAGAAAUCGUACUGUAGUUAUAGGAUUCUAAAUCUCUCUCGCUCUCUCUUACACACACACACACAGAUACACACACACGCCACACACACAUACACGCAUACAGACACACACACACACACACAGUUUGUACAUAUAUUGCUGUGGGUCAUUCUCUGUUUGUGUUGGUUUAGCUAGGGAUAUUGUUGCCAUGUUAAGCGUGCACAUUGUAAUCUAAAAUUUUCUUCGAACAGUAUGUCCCUCACACCUUCCUCCGAAGGCUGUUUAAACACAAUGGUUCUGCUUGGGUCUGCAUUUCUUAUGCACUGUAAUGGCAAAGCAUGGGGAGCUACCAGAGUUUGCAUCCAGUUUAGAGGGAAGAAUGAUAAAAUGACUCCCUCCGGCACACAGUCCUUUCCUAAGUUUGAGAAUGAGUUACCCGAAAUUAGAGAGUAAUUAUUCAUCAGCAUAUUAUUAUUAUUAUUUAAUGCAUUUGAUUGCAUUAAAUAUUUAUUAAUAUUUAAUCCUUAACGUUUGAACUAAGAAUUAAAUUUUAACAGUGUUCAGCUGUUUGUGCAUGCUACUUAAGUGAUAUCAACUGACUUGUUGCACAGUAUACUGUAAAUACAUAUUAGUGUCAAUUUGCUUUAAUCACACUGGAAUGUACAGGGAAUUGGAAGUGCUGCAUUCUUAUUUAGCUGGAACAUGUAACCCCAUCAUUUGAUGUGACCUACUAAAUCCAAGUACUGUUCGGAUGGGUUUUCCCACAUUUGCAGAAAGGGAUGUAAGAAAUGCAUUCAUAGUUACCGUCAGAUUAUUUGUGAAUGGGUAGUGGGGUCCCUGGUGUCCUGACUUGAAUGCCAUACCUGCCUCUUUCAGCCUUGCCAUCUAAUCACUACUUGGCACAGAUGGCUGAAUAAAUCUUUCCCUGUCCACAUCAGUGGCUGUGCGGUAAGCAUUCUGCGGGGAGAUAACUCAUGGGGGGGGGGCACAGUAUGGGGGUGAGUCACCUCUCUUUUACUGUAAACCACUACAAUGUCCUUGAAAGAUGAUCCGCACAUGCCAUCCACAUCACCUACCAGUUCCUGACCCUGGCUUUCGUGGACCCCCUCAGUGAUAUGAUAACAGUGGGGGAACUCAAUAGCGUGUCACAAUGGAAAUAGAACUGACAGAGGCAGCAUUACAGUUCCAGAGGUGAACAUUCUGGAAUACUUUGGCAGCUGACAGGUGGUGUGAGAGGUAACUGAGGGGAAAGCUUCCACAGCGACUCGGAGAGAAAACAGGAAACUGGGAAAAUAUGAAAGCUGAUACGCAGUCCGCAAGGGAGGCUUCGUGUCAUUAUUGGGUUUUGUCUUGUAGUGCUAGUGAAUUAGUUGUUUACAGAGGUGAAUAAAGUCCUGAAAGGGGAGCUGAGACUGACUUUCUCUGUGGGAUUCUGUGUUAAAAAGUGACGUGUUUCUGCAAAGUGGUGUUGGGUAGUCUUUGUGUUUCCCUUAAAUGAAGAGACAAUUUAGAGCGCCAACACUUGGAGCAUCGCCUCUCCCAUACCCAACAAGAGGAGUGCCAGUUUCAGUUUCACAACCUCCAUGAAUGAAUAAAUGGGCAUUGGUAUUAGAUCAAUUUACUGUUACUGAAUCUUUUUUUUUGUGUCUGCUGACAGGUUACGUUGAGACAAUUUGCACUAGAGCCCUGAGGGUAUAAAAUGACUUAUAAGGAUUAUGUUGUCAUUUGAUCCAGAAUGUGUGAGACUUUUGGCCACUGCCUUGCUGAAUACACUAGUUCGCAGGUCUGAGCAAUGAGAGAAUGCUUUCUCCUGCAUAGAUCUAGGAUCAAGAAGUGAAUUGUUGGAAUGCAUUUGCAU